GUCUUCUCUCCUCCCAUCCACCAAAACCCUGCACCUCUUAAACCCCUUCCCCUAAUCUUUCAUUUCCAGAAUACAUGCAAGUUGCAGACAUGCGAGCACUCAGAAAAGUCUUCUCCAGCAGAAAUCACCUCUGCAAUCUAUCAUCCCGCAAAUCCUCUUCACAUUCCUCUUUUGUUUCUUUCAAACCUCUCCAAAACCCUGCACUUUCCCGCCAAUUCCACUCCUCGCUCCGCCUCAAAUCCUCCGAUGAACCCAUCUCCAGCAUCGAUGCUUCGACUGCCUGGACUGCCGGUUCAAAUUUCUCGUCUAAUGACUUCCCUUCAACCUCAAAUACUCCGUAUAAUGAUCCUAAUGUGGAGGCGUUUUACGACCCCGUGUCCGGCCGUGUGAGGACAAGGACAACGAGAGUAUUUAGUAGUAGUGCCCUCGAGAAAAAUUCCGAGUCGGGUAGCGAAAGUGAAAGUUAUGGGAAGAAUGGUGGUAAUUUAUCGAGUUGCGACUUCCAGGAUGCUGGGGGAACUAGGGUUUAUGGGGAGAUUAUAGGGACUGGUGGUAAGAAGAAAGGGAAGAGUAAAACUGUUUGGGUGUGCUCCGAGUGUGGGUAUUCAUCUGGGCAGUGGUGGGGUUACUGUCAGUCGUGCCAGAAGGCAGGUACCAUGAAGCAGUUUUCUCCAGGAGUAGAGAGUAACGGUACAGGGAAAGUUAGCGGAUUUGAAUUCUCGGAGAAUGUGGCGCGGGCGUGGCUACCACAAAAUUCUGCUGAUACAGUGCCUAUUAGGUUGGUCGAUGUGAAUAGGGGGGUCAGCCCAUUGGAUUGGCGAAUUCCUUUGUCUGGAUUGUUUGGAGCUGAAGUUGGAAGGGUUCUUGGUGGAGGUCUUGUGCCAGGUUCUUUAGUUUUAGUUGGGGGUGAUCCUGGUGUUGGGAAGAGCACACUUUUGUUACAGACUGCUGCGAUAAUUGCAGAAGGGCAUGCAAUGGGUGGAACAGCUCCAGUUGUUUAUGUGUCUGGUGAAGAGAGCAUUGAGCAAAUUGGCAACAGAGCUGAUCGUAUGAAAAUUGGGGCAACAGAACUUUUCUUAUACUCAAGUACAGAUAUCAAGGACAUUUUGGACAAGGCUCGACCUCUCUCCCCUCGCGCUUUAGUUAUUGAUUCUAUUCAGACAGUUUAUCUACAAGGAGUGACUGGAAGUGCGGGAAGCAUCAGUCAGGUAAGAGAGUGCACUUCCGCUUUGCUACGUUUUGCUAAGACAACAAAUGUCCCUGUUCUUUUGGCUGGACAUGUGACUAAAUCUGGUGACAUAGCUGGACCUCGUGUCUUGGAACAUAUUGUUGAUGUUGUACUGUAUAUGGAAGGGGAGAAAUUUUCAUCUCAUCGAUUGCUUCGAUCUGUGAAGAAUCGUUUUGGAACCACAGAUGAGCUUGGAGUUUUCGAAAUGUCACACUCAGGAUUACAGGCUGUUUCAAACCCCAGUGAGAUGUUUCUAAGUGAGGAGUACUCAGAUUCGGAGAUUCUAGCAGGGUUGGCUGUUGCUGUAAUUAUGGAUGGUUCACGCGCUUUUCUCAUUGAAAUUCAGGCAUUAUGCAUAGCUGGCUCUCCAAUUGCAAGACAAGUGAAUGGUGUUCAAGCGAGCAGAGCCGACAUGAUCAUUUCAGUUCUUAUGAAGCAAGCUGGACUGAAGCUACAAGAGAAUGGCAUUUUUCUUAAUGUUGUUAGUGGUGUUAGCUUGUCUGAGACUGCUGGAGAUCUUUCAGUAGCGGCUGCAAUUUGCAGCAGUUUCUUGGAGUUUCCCAUUCCCCGUGGUGUAGCAUUCAUUGGAGAAAUUGGCCUUGGUGGGGAACUUCGUAUGGUACCAGGAAUGGAGAAAAGGGCAUCUACACUGGCAAAGCUGGGUUACAAGAAGUGUGUUGUCCCGGAAUUGGCUGAGAAAUUUUUGUCGACCUUGGAUCUCGAGGGAAUGCAGAUAUUGGCUUGUAGGGAUCUAAAGGAGAUGAUUAACACGGUAUUUUCGAAAAGGUUGAGACAGAGCUAGAGGAAAAUUCUGUACGCAUAAUUUGUAAAUCGGGUUUAUGUUGUUGGCGCAGAGCAAGAACCCGCUUUCCAUUGGGAACUGUGCUGCUGCAUUAAUCUGAUGCUUCUGAUGUUUAUUGUAUAUAGUAGUAAAAGCGUAUUGAUGACUGACUGAUGGUGGAGUUGAAACUUGAAAGUAGGUGGUGGUUUGGUUGGUUCAUGAGAAAAGAUUUGCUUUUAUUUCAGAAUGAUGUGGAAGUUCUGCUUCUUCAUCCGUC